AUGUUUCCCAAAAGAUGUUUGAUUCUACUGGCCUGCUCCUGGACUCUCCUGCAGAGUGUCCUGGCUGUCCCAGAUGUGGCACCAGAGCAGCGCGGCCUUGAGGAGCAUCGUCGAGAAGAGCGUGACUUUGGUGGCUUGCAGGAGCGUCACAACCAUCCUGAUCUCGAGAGUUCGCUACUUUCUGUCUUGACUGAGGAGUUAGCUACGACACAUGGUCCGUCACCACCAGAAACCACUGGGGGAGGAGGUGGUGGUACAGUCCCUGGUGGUGGAGGCGGGACAGUCCCUGGCGGAGGUGGUGGUACAGUUCCCGGUGGAGGAGGCGGUACAGUCCCCGGCGGAGGCGGCGGUACAGUCCCAGGAGGAGGUGGCGGUACAGUUCCUGGUGGUGGAGGCGGUACAGUCCCAGGAGGAGGUGGCGGUACAGUUCCUGGUGGUGGAGGCGGUACAGUCCCUAGCGGAGGAGGUGAGCAAACUACUCCCUUAUUUUCCAAAAGCACUCUUCUGACUCUCCCUGGUAUCCAAGGCGGCACUACACCCCCUGGCGGCAGCGGAGGUACGACUGCUACCGCAACUGGCGGCGUUCCUACAACCGGUGGUGCUAGCUCAACAACCGGACCUGCUCCUUCAACUGGCGGCAAUGUUAGUCCUCCCCCAAGCGGCAGCGUUGAAACAUCAUCCACCGGCCCCGCUUCCUCCCCCAGUGGACCUCAGCCAUCCUCUCCCAGUGGACCCCCACAGCCGUCCUCACCUGAAGUGGUUACUACAACUACUAACACUAUUCAGCCUCCAUCUACUAGUACAGAGCCAAGUACCACAACUGCUCCCCCUGGCGGCGGUGUUACUACCCCACCUCCCAGCGUUAGCACGCCGCCGAGUGUUGUCCUUGCCCCACUGGAGGUGGUGGAGGCCCAAGUGCAGGUGGAGGAGGUGCCGGUCCUAGCGGAGGGGCUGGGGGAGGUGCUGGUACUAGUGGAGGAGCUGGAGGUGGUGGACGUGGUCUCCUCAAGUGGCAGCAGCGUGACAGCCUCAUCCACCAGAACUCAAACCAACACCCUGACCCAGACCCUGACCCGAACAUCGACACCCCUCAUCCCAAGCAGCACUAGACAGCGUACCAUCACCACAGGCUCGUCAAUCACACCGGCUACGCUCGUGACUUUGCCCACAACAUCUGCAGCAAGUGCACCCCCUUCAUCGCCGGGGGCAUCACGCGUCACCCCACGAGCAAUUAUCAACCCCGAUGUUGUUCGCCGACAGAUAUUUAGCAAUACAACAGCGACGGCGCUCUUCACCAACUCGACCGUUGUCGUGAAUGCCACGACCAGUGCAGUGAACCUCACUCGUAUUGUGACUCAGACUGCUACUGAGCCUGCACCUGCUUUCUUGCCUCGAUUUAAUCGUGGGCGGAAUCGUGUUUAG